AGGGAGUUUCCCUUGGUAAAUUUUCCAGAGCACAUUGCAUAAAUUUGUUACAUACCAUUGGACACGGUAAGGAUACCGAAGGUUUACUGUGUUAUUCAAAAUGGAUUUAAUACAGACUAUUGAAGAAGGUACUGAAGUAACUCUUGUGUCAGAAGAUAGUGAAAGUGACGAAGAGUUAACAUUGGUGAGUAAAAAGCAACGAACAGAGAAGAAAUUAGAAAGCAAAGGUUUUAAUCCAUCAUUUCAAUUCGAAGAUGAUGGAUUUUAUGAAUCAAAAUGGACGCUUGAAUCUGCGUUACACGAUGCUAUUAAGAAAAAGAAAAUGCAUUCAACGUUGGAUCAAAAGAUUGAUGAAGUUCGAAGGAAUCGAAUAACGGUUAUUCAGCAAAUUCCUAGCAAUCCACAAGAUGAGGAGGAUGUUGUUUCUGAUGAUGAUGAGGAGUUGGAUCUUGAAGAUGUUUCUGAGGCUGUUUCAGAUAAACUAAAAUUUAUUGAGAAGAAAAGAAAAAAGAAACGAAAAGUUGAUUCUGAAGAAAAAAUUGUUCAGAUACCUUUGGCUGAAAUCAAAGAUGGCUCUGGUGUCGAUAAGAAUGUAUCUUGGGAUCCAAAUUUAGGGUUUCAGCAAAUGAAUAUUUCAAGGCCGCUGUUGAAAGCUAUAAGUGAAAUCAACUAUGUUACUCCAACCCCUAUACAACAAGCUGCCAUUCCUAUUGGUUUGCUUGGUAGAGAUAUUUGUGCUUGUGCUGCUACAGGGACAGGUAAAACUGCUGCAUUUAUGCUGCCAGUCCUUGAGAGACUACUUUACCGAACCCAAUCAACUCCUAUCACCCGAGUUCUGUGUUUGGUGCCCACCCGAGAACUGGCAGUGCAAGUUUAUAGUGUAACUCAUCAUCUUGCUCAACAUAGUAACUUAAGAAUAUGCCUCGCAGCAGGUGGGCUUGAUAUGAAAAGUCAGGAAGCUGCACUGAGACAAGGUCCGGACAUCGUGAUUGCCACCCCUGGUAGAUUGAUUGAUCAUUUACACAACACGCCUUCUUUUGACUUGCAGAUGGUUGAAAUUCUAAUUCUUGAUGAGGCUGACAGAAUGUUGGAUGAAUUUUUUGAGGACCAAAUGAAUGAAAUAAUAAAGCUGUGUUCGCACCACAGACAAACAAUGUUGUUUUCAGCAACAAUGUCCGAACAGGUGCAAGAACUUGCUGCUGUUUCAUUAAAGAAUCCUGUGAAAAUUUUUGUGAACAGCAACACAGAUGUUGCUCCGUUUUUGAGACAAGAAUUUAUCCGAAUUCGAGAAACCAGAGAGGGAGACAGAGAGGCAAUAGUUGCAGCUUUAUGCAGUCGAUCAUUCAUAUCCAACGUGCUGGUUUUUACUCAAACUAAGAAACAAGCUCAUCGAAUGCAUAUUGUACUAGGGUUGUUGGGAUUAAAGGCUGGUGAACUUCAUGGGAAUUUAUCCCAAGGUCAGAGGUUGGAAAGUUUGAAAAGGUUUAAAAACGGAGAUAUAGAUAUCCUGGUGUGUACUGAUCUUGCAGCUCGUGGAUUGGAUAUUGAAAAUGUUAAAACUGUUAUUAACUUGACAAUGCCCAACACGCAACAGCACUACGUUCAUAGAGUUGGUAGAACAGCAAGGGCUGGUAAAAGUGGAAGAUCUGUAUCGCUUGUUGGGGAGACCGAGAGAAAACUGUUGAAAGAAAUUGUAAAAUUUGCAAAGAACCCGGUGAAAAGCAGAGUGGUUCCUCCUGAUGUGAUUUCCAAGUUUCGUGACAAACUGAAUGAGAUUGAAUCCGAAGUUGGUGAUGUCAUGAAAAUGGAGGCACAAGAAAAACAAGUCAUCGCAUCAGAAAAUCAAGUAAAGAAGGCAGAAAAGAUUAUAAAAGGAGAAGCUCCUGAAAAAAGAGCAUGGUUUCAAAAUAAAAUGCAACGGGAAUUCGCUAAAGCUGAGAGAAUGCUCGGAACACAUUCAGAGUCUAAAAAACGUGGAAAAAAGAUGAAAAAUAAAAGUGGUUCAACGUCAACAAACAAUCCUGAAGAUCGUGUGAAGAGAGAACUUGAAAAAACACAAGCUUUCCAACAUCGAGAACAAAAACGUGGCAGAAAACAAAAAAGGGCGAGAUCUUGUGCUGAACCUGUGCCAGUUAAAACAAUAAAGAUACAACCAAAAAAGAAAAAAAGUUCAUUCGACAAGGAGUUAACUAGAACUGGCAAAAAAUCCUUGGGGAAACACAGAGACAUAAAAAGAAGAAAGAAUAAGAAAAGAUAAGGAUGCUUAAAUUUCUGUUUAGGUGAAAAUAAAAUCAGAAUCAUCAAACUGAUUGCCAGCUUUUAUUAUAAAACAAUUCGAGUCUAAACCAGUCGUCUGAUGCACUAGUGUGUGUUGAAGUUGUGGAUGAGUUGUAUACUUGUUGUCAUCAACACGUACAGGGCAGCAUGUAUCUUCUGAUGUUUGCUACUUGUUCAUUCUAUUCCUUGCUGUCUAUCUCUUACAGUUGCUUUAAACCUCUCCUCCAGUAAA